UAUUGCGUGACGCAUGGUUCAGUCAGGACUCGCCGCUAGCGUUAGCAGAUGUUAUAGUUAGCUCGGCGGUGUUUUGUGGUGAGCUACAGUGUACAGGCGCAGAGUAAAAUGAGUUCUAUUGGGACCGGGUAUGACUUGUCUGCCUCCACUUUUUCGCCGGAUGGCAGGGUAUUUCAAGUAGAGUAUGCCAUGAAAGCAGUAGAAAAUAGCAGCACAGCUAUUGGAAUCCGCUGCAAAGAUGGAGUAGUGUUUGGUGUAGAGAAGUUGGUGCUGUCCAAACUGUACGAAGAGGGCUCCAACAAGCGUAUUUUCAACAUCGACCGUCAUGUUGGCAUGGCUGUUGCAGGGCUGCUUGCAGAUGCUAGAUCUCUUGCUGAAGUGGCAAGGGAAGAGGCGUCCAACUUCCGUUCCAACUAUGGCCAUGACAUCCCUCUGAAGCAUCUAGCAGACAGAGUCGCCAUGUACGUCCAUGCCUACACAUUAUACAGCGCUGUACGCCCUUUUGGAUGCAGUUUCAUCCUUGGCUCUUAUGAUGAAGAUGAUGGGUCCCAGCUGUACAUGGUGGACCCAUCGGGGAUUUCAUACGGUUACUGGGGCUGCGCCAUUGGAAAAGCCAAGCAAGCUGCAAAAACAGAAAUUGAGAAACUUCAGAUGAAGGAAAUGACCUGCCGAGAGCUGGUGAAAGAGGUUGCAAAAAUCAUCUACAUUGUACAUGAUGAGGUGAAGGACAAAGCCUUCGAGUUGGAGCUGAGCUGGGUUGGAGAAGUCACAAAAGGCAGGCAUGAGCUGGUCCCAAAAGAUCUCAAAGAGGAGGCUGAGAAAUAUGCUAAAGAUUCACUGGAAGAAGACGACGACUCUGAUGAGGACAAUAUGUAACCCGCUUGACUCCAAUGUUCUGUAACUCUUUACAUGCACCUGACGGCUCUCGAUUCCUUUUAUAUGUAACUCUUUACAUGCACCUGACGGCUCUCAAUUCCUUUUAUAUAUGUUUUCUAGAUAAUUAAGCUGUAAUGUAUAAGGUCAGGAUUCAAUAAAUGGGGAAAAGAAAUUUAAAAA